CCUCCUUUGGCACAUUUGACUUGCUAAUUUUUUCAGACGUGAUGGAGAGAGAGAGAGAGAGAGGGAUGCAGUGGUAUAACAGUUUCUAGCUUCUAGGACGGAUUCCUCUGUCCUUCCAUCGUUCCUCUCCUCUCUCUGUAUCGCAGGAGGACGACAUUUUAAUCUCACAGCCGCUGUUUUUUCUCCGGAACCUUUCGUGCCCGUCGUCUCGGUGCUGCUUCCAUCACGUCGGCUCUCAUUGUCCUCUCCUGAGCUUUUUUUUGUGCGAAUGAAGGACAGAAGAUCGAUCAGAUAAUAUGGAUUACACGACACUGUGACCGGAGAUUGCAAUGCAGUGCAACAAAAUAGCAGUCCUGAGGAACUGAGGAACCAACGAACCCACUGGAUUGAUAAGCAGCUAGAACCCAGACACAUGGCACAUCCUGUUUUUCUGGCUGGCUGCUGAGGGAUUUUCUCAAUGGAGGAACUGAUCUUGCGUAAUGCUAGAACACGAGUCUAGACUGUGCACGAUGGAGGGAUGGGAUGCAAACCAUCUGUUGCGUGAGAAGGAAAGCAGGGGAAGCAUCUGUGCGUGAAUGGAGAUAGAGAACCGAGACAUCACUGUGCAAUUACGGAAAGGUUUUUAUCGUUUGGACUUUUGUUCACAGUCACACCUCGUUUUGAUCUGAACAUCUUCCAGAUAUCUGUGGUUGUUCCUGGUGUGGAGACCUGCGCUGAGUGAGUGAUGUGUUAUCCAUGCUAACACCAUGGUUUCACCAGUUUAACACUCUGAGCUCAACCUUCUGAACCCUUUAGGUGUGCUGAUAUUCACUGAUUUUUACUCCACUGUAGCCGUCUAUCCUCUAAAAAGGGCUCCACAUGAGCAACUCAGGGACCCUUCAGCGUCGAACCACCUACCUCAUCUCCCUCACUCUGGUCAAGGUCGAGGCCAUAGGGAGCGAUGAAGGGACCAAUGAAGAGACCAAACCCCAGAGUCCCACCUCAGCCCCGGGGCUCAUCCAGGGCCCUGAAGAUGGAGCACAAACAAAAGAAGAAGAGACCAAGCCUUCAGAGGAUGACAAGGAACUGGGACGUUCUGAGAUGAAGGACCAGAGAGUGGAAAUUAAAAAGCCUAGCAGGAGCAACAAUGGCUGUCCAAUUAGAACACUUCCUCCGAAACCCAAGGUUCCGAGUUAUCCUCCUGUGGUGAGUCAGUACAAAGCGAGGGAACUUCAGAAAGACGCUGGAAUUCCUCUGGAUGUAAAAGAGAAGCGAGAGGAGGAGAUGACAAAGAUGGAUGUCUCUAAAAUGGACAUUUACAAGCCAGAUUUCUACAUCCCAUCUUCAGAUAGGACCUCAGAUGACGUCGUGUCAAACGGAACUUCGGUCCGUCCCAGUGUUCCUAUCCGUCUGAUCCAGCGUCCUGAGACAGCCCUGAGACCUCACGCUACGGUUACCAUGAAUCGCCGCGAGUUCAAGGACGCCAGUAAGACCAUUUCCUCCUCCUCCAAGAGCCUGGAGGUGAAAGCUAGAGAACACUCACCUCCAGUGACCAUCACCAUGACCAUGGGUCCAUAUAGGGCUUCCUGGUCAGAAAGUGAAGGCAGAGGAAUGUACCAAUGUUUAGCCAUGGAACCUUUAAUGGUAGCUGAGGAAGGACUUCCGACAAGGGAAAGCCCUCGAGUGGAAAAGCUUAAAACCAUCUCCACGUCGCUCCCAGCACCAGCUUCCACACGACCUCCUGUGAAACCGCAGCGCAAGGGCAAGAGCCGCACUCUGGACAACAGUGACCUGAACCUGCUCUCUGAGGACCUGAAGAAGGGAAAGGAGGCCCAUGUUGGAUCCGGGCUACGUUCUACUACUCACGCUCCAGGAAAAGACAGAAAAAUGCUCAAAUUCAUCAGCGGCAUCUUUACUAAGAGCAUCCAGUGUCCUGUAGCAGCUCCGGUGGUUCCUGCUACUCCGAUUCCUCUGCAUAGCCCCCUGAGGAGGCGCUCGAGUGAAGAAGAAGUGAGUCAGGAGUGGAUAUUGAGUCGAGCUCUUCAGGAUCUGCAUCUGGCGGUGCUGGGUGGUCUGCGCAGCGGCAAAUCAGCACUCAUCCACCGCUACAUGACUGGCCGUUACCUCGCCCUCGAGACUCCUGAAGUCUGCAGGUUUGAGAAGGAAGUGCUGAUUGAUGGACAGAAUCAUAACUUGCUGAUCAGAGACGAGCCUGGACUGCCGGACGCACAGUUGUGUAGUUGGCUGGACGGCGUGAUUCUGGUCUUCAGUUUGGAGAAUGAGAGCAGCUUCCUGGAGGUUUAUAACAUUUACAGAGAGCUGUGUGUGAAUCGGAACAUCGCUGAAAUCCCCUUCAUCGUGGUCGGAACUCAGGAUAAGAUAACGAGCGCUAAUCCUCGUGUGAUUGACGACGCUCGGGCGAGGCAGCUGUGUUCUGACGUCCACCGCUGUGUUUAUUAUGAAACCUGCGCCACCUACGGCCUGAACGUCAACCGUGUCUUUACUGACGCUGCACAGAAGAUGGUUUCUAUGAAGAGACAGCUGGCUCUCUACACAUCCUGUAAGUCCUUACCCAAUUCUCCCAGUCACUCGGGCGGAUCCACACCACUGUGUGCAGCUUUUACACCACAGGCCAGUAAUGGAGGUCAGAGCAGUGAUUAUUCCUCCUCUCUUCCCUCCACUCCGGUGAUCACUCAUAAACACAUCAGUUUGGCAUCUGGAGGAGAGAAACUCAGCCGAACAUCUCAGUUUACACUCCGCAGAGGAAGUGACUCAGACCGGCGAAGUACAGACAGUAAAACAGAUUUUGGAAUAGGUCGCACAAUCCCAAUUAAGCAGAGUGUGCUGCUGAAGCGCAGUGGAAGUUCUCUUAAACAAGAGUGGAAGAAAAAAUAUGUGACGCUAACCGCUAACGGAACCCUGAGUUACCAUGCUAACGUCAGUGACUACAUGCAGAAUGUUAAUGGUAAAGAAAUUGAUCUGCUUCGUGUGACGGUUAAAGUUCCAGGGAAACGCCCCCCUAGGGCUGUGCCAUCCUCUGCACCCCCACCUGGGCUGAAUGGAACAUUUCAGGGUGAGCUGACAGCAGACGAUACCUGUUCAGCCUCGAUGUUAGCCAGUGCUCAUUUAUCAGUAGAUGAUGGAGCAGGAGCAUACGGCCAGAGAACACCGUUCACUCUCUCCUCCGUGCACAACAUCGACAUCGAGGGUGUGUUAAAUCCCACGUUAAUGAAAGAGCCGAGCACAUCUCCUACAGCGGACAGGAAGAAGCAGCGCAGGAAGAAGAAUGGGACUCAGAGGUCAGAGAGUACACUGGGACACGCUGAAGCUAAACGCAAAAUGUGGAAAUUAAAAAGCUUUGGCAGUCUGAAAAACAUAAACAGGACAGAUGAUGAGAACUGUGAGUUCCUGAUCGUUUCCAGUUCAGGGCAGACAUGGCAUUUCGAGGCUCAGAGUUCAGAGGAAAGAGACUCGUGGGUUCAGAACAUUGAGAAUCAGAUCCUCGCCAGUUUACAGAGCUGUGAGAGCAGUAGGCACAAGGCGAGGAGGAACAGUCUGAGUGAAGCUGUGGCGAUUCAGGCCGUACGGAACGCUAAAGGAAACUCGUUCUGUGUGGAUUGUGACGCGCCCAAUCCCACGUGGGCGAGUCUGAACCUCGGGGCUCUGAUCUGUAUCGAGUGUUCGGGGAUCCACAGGAACCUGGGCACUCACCUGUCCCGUGUGCGCUCUCUGGACCUGGACGACUGGCCGUACGAGCUCACGCUGGUCCUCAUCGCCAUCGGAAACCACAUGACCAACAGCAUCUGGGAGAAACGCACAAGAGGACGCCAGAAACCGCGACCUGAUGCCACGCGGGAGGAGCGUGAGGCGUGGAUUCGGGGGAAAUAUGAGCAGAAGUUGUUUUUAGCUCCUCUCUCCUCUCUGACUGACGGAUCGGACGCUCCUCUCUCGGCCCGCCUCCACGCCGCUGUGAUUGACAGGGACCUUCCCAGACUCCUGCUUCUGUUAGCUUACAGCACGAAGGAGGAGAUCAAUGCUCCGCCUCCCUACAUGAUUCGCUAUGGUAACGGCGGAGUGCACCAGUCACAGACGGCACUGCACGUGGCGUGUCAGCUGGGAGACGUGGUGAUGACACAGCUGCUGAUCUGGUAUGGCAGUGAUGUUAGGAGUGUGGACUCUGGAGGUCAGACGGCCCUGUCUCUGGCUCGGCGAGCGGGCAGUCAGGGGUGUGUGGAGAUCCUGCUUCAGUACGGAUGUCCCAGUGAGAUCAGUCCCACCAUGUCCUCCGCCUCCAUCACGUCUCCGUCAGGAGCAGCCAGUCCCAGUCUCUCACGCAAUAGCAGCUCCACCAGCCUGAGCCGCGGAAGCAACAAGAGACACCUGUCCUGAAGGUCCGAGGUGUUGAAAUGAUCCUUCAGAGAAAUGAUUCCCUGUGAAAUAAACUGAGGCUUCAGUGUGAUGUGUGAAGAGUUUAGGAGAUUAAACACUGCUGAAAUACUGUGAUUAUAAACACACACACACUGCAGAGACACACUGAGGUCAACAACCACUUUAGAGUAAACACAUUUGAACAAAAUACAGAAAUCAGCAAGAAAUUUAACACAUGUACAUAUAGAGUCCAGAAUAUUUGUACCUGAGAGAGAGAGAUGUAAAGGAAUUAUAACACUAGAUUAAGGAGAUUCUGUUUUAGUUGAUUAUUACUGUAUGGAAGAACAGAGUGGGAUCCUGCUGCAGCAGAUGUGAGGAGCAGGAGGCAGAUCCCCCUCAACUCAUACACACUGACUAGCCUGCGUUAGCAUGCUGUGAAAUAAGCUAGCGUGUUAGCAUAACAUAAAUCAUUAGCUAAUAGUGCUAUAGGUUAAUAAAGUAUUAAAUACAUUAAACCGGCGUUAGCUAACGAUCAACAGCUAAAUAUCUUCGAAACACAUGAUAAUAAAAUGAAUAAGUUAUUAAAUAAGAGUUACUCUGAGUCAGGGGGAGGGGCUCAUCUGUCAGAGGCACUUUAGGAAAAAACUAUAUUCAGUACAGAUUUAGUAUUUUCACAAAUUUCACCACGUCCUCUGCCUUCACUUCCUCUACCACUUCACAAGUGGACGAGGUGGAGUGGACGAGAGAAAAUGGGCAAGGAGGAAUGGACGAGGGGGAGUGGAUGAGGGGAGUGGACGAGGGGGAGUGGAC